GCCGGGUUCCCGGGGUUCGAGGGUUGCAACUGCUGAGCGCUGCGCCCGCGGUCCCGCCCUCGGCUGGGUCCCGGCCGCGCCCGCGCGCCUCCCUCCUUGCCCUCGCUGCCCAGCCACAUCUUCCACAGCCUGCCACCCGGAGGGACCAUGUCGAGGCUCAGCUGGGGAUAUGGCGAACACAAUGGUCCUAUUCACUGGAAUGAAUUUUUCCCCAUUGCUGACGGUGACCAACAAUCUCCGAUUGAGAUUAAAACCAAAGAAGUUAAAUAUGACUCUUCCCUGCGACCUCUUAGUAUCAAGUAUGAUCCAAGCUCAGCUAAAAUCAUCAGCAAUAGUGGCCACUCCUUCAAUGUUGACUUCGAUGACACAGAAGACAAAUCAGUUCUGCGUGGGGGUCCUCUCACUGGAAGCUACAGGUUGCGACAGUUCCACCUUCACUGGGGGUCUGCUGAUGAUCAUGGUUCUGAGCACAUGGUAGAUGGGGUGAAGUAUGCUGCGGAGGUGAGCAGUUUUGCUCUGACUCGUGCUCCUGCUAUGGUGUGCCACCUCGCUACAGACAAAAGCAAGGGGCCAACAGAUCAUGGACUGGAACCUUCAAAACUUUGUGACCCUUUGGUGUCAUUUCCUACUAAGGGAGCAGAUGUAUUGGCGUGGAGCCAUUUAAAACAACUCCAGCAUCCUUAUCAGCCCCUCCCUGAGAGUGGAACGCCGUUCUCUCAUCUCCAUGUUGUCCAUUGGAAUUCAGACAAAUACCCCAGCUUUGUUGAAGCAGCUCAUGAGCCAGAUGGACUAGCUGUCCUGGGAGUAUUUUUACAGAUUGGUGAACACAAUUCCCAACUGCAAAAGAUUACUGACAUUUUGGAUUCCAUUAAAGAAAAGGGCAAACAAACUCGAUUCACAAAUUUUGACCCAUUAUCUCUGCUUCCACCCUCCUGGGACUACUGGACAUACCCUGGUUCUCUGACUGUUCCACCUCUUCUUGAGAGUGUCACGUGGAUUGUUUUAAAACAACCUAUAAACAUCAGCUCUCAACAGCUGGCCAAAUUCCGCAGCCUCCUGUGUACAGCGGAGGGUGAAGCAGCGGCAUUUUUGCUGAGUAAUCACCGUCCACCCCAGCCUCUGAAGGGCCGCAAAGUGAGAGCCUCUUUCUGUUAGCAGUGGUCUCCAGUGGACGACCCUAAGUGUGACUGCAGAGAGACAGCAAGCAAAACUAAACACAAAAAUCCCCACUAACGGUUCUUUCUAGAAUUUUAAUCUAGGAGUACCAUUUUAUGAUCAGCAUCAACACCAUGAAGAAAGCUAGAUCUCUCUAAUUAAACUGACUUGGCUCAUCUGCUUCAGUUUUGCAUGGAGGAACCAAAUAAUAAACUCGGUCUGAUGUUAAUAAAACCCCUGAGGUACAUGUGCUUCAGUCUUUCAAAAACAUGGACUGGCCUCAUAAAGCUCAGAAUGUACUGAAGAUCCUACCUUGCCAUAGACUGACUCGCUUCCUCAAGUUUCUCUGUGAAGUUUAAUGGCAAACUUAAAUCAUUUCCAGAAUGAUAGGAUUGUGAAACCUUUUUCUAAACAAGUGAUUCUGUUAAUGUUUUAAUGUAGUUUAUUCAUCAGAAGUAGAUAUUCCCUUUUAAAGUGAGUAUUUGCCAUGAUCGUGUUGCUGAUUCUCAUGUGAUACUUUUAAUAAAGUGCAAGAUAUGAGAGUUAUGGGGGUAGAAUGUAUCUACUCAAGGUGUCCACUUCACAGAGCAAAGAUAGCCAUAUGGUUUUGGUGAGGGAUUCCCAAGGCUAUAAAUAGUGAUUUAUACUUUAAUCAAUUAUACACAUAUCAUAUUCUUUUGGUAAUGUUAAUAAUGAAGUAGCUAGUAAUUGACAGGAUGCAGUGUCUGCCAGUUUAUGGCAUUACUGUGGUUUGAAAUAAACAGAUUACACAGUAGCCCUGAGCAUGAUGAACAGGUUUCCUGCUUUUGCCCUGUUUUGACAAUAGAGUGGGGAACAAUCCUUUGUGGGUCAUUUUUAGGUCAAUUAGUGAAAAAAUGAUUUGUGUCUCAUAAAAAUACACCAUUGGUCCAUAAACCCUUCAACCCAUUUCCAUGGCAAAUCCCAUUUUCCCAUUUAUACCUACCCAUUAGUCUAUUAAGUAAUUUUGUAAGAUGGCAUUUGAUGUUAAUUUUAACCUUUUAUCUCAUGUUUAUUUUGGUUGCUUUUGUUGCAGAAAGAUGAGGGCAGUGUUCCCUUUGCCCUUUCUGUUAUAGAGUGACACCAAGCAUUAACUUAAUAGCCACAUUUAAGACUUGAACACGUGCCGUAGUUCUGUCUUCUCAGUGAAGUUUGCCUGAGUGUCUUUGAUUUGAUGAUUUGUUUCAGGACUCUUUCUCUGAAUGUAGAUUUCAUUAAUUGAAAUUAUUGUUAUAUUCUCCUUAAUGUAAUAAGUGAAUAUCAGUAAAUUGUGUCCCAUGAUGUCUCCUGGUGCAAAAGAUGAGCUUCUGAAGAUUAAAGUUGGCACCUUGGUCACUGUUUCCUUUCACUGUCUCUAUCAUGAGGCUUUGUGAAUUAAUAUGCAGUAAAUAUUUAACAAAUUAUGUGUUUAAAAUUUUUUUGCUGUCUUUGUGAUUAUCUCUCUGCUUGAGAUGAAAUCCACUAUAAAUUAAAGUGAAAUAUGUUAUCUCUCAAAAAUUGUUUCUGAAAGGAGUAUUUAUUAAACCUGAUUAGUAUAACUAGAAGUUCAAAUGGUUUAAAAAGUACCCAUGUUGGAUGGGAAGACAUUUCUUUAGUUUGGAAAGACAUGUUGUGAAGCAUCCUAGUGAGGAAAAGAAGGCUGCUUUCUUAGAGAAUGUAAGUUGCAGUAUCUGGAUGGUGUUUAGGAUAGGGAUUGUGAUUACUGUGUGAGAAUUACCACUUCAUAAUUUACUGUUUCUGCUGCAGUAUUACAUCAGUUCUAUGCCACAGGUUGCCUUAAUAGUCUAAAAAAGUCUGCACAGUUCCGAUCUCCUUGAAGGUUGUCUGCUUAUUUUUACAUCUUAUAGAGGCAAAAGGUUUAAAUGUGUUUUAAAAUUACUAUAUUGUUUCCUUUACAAAAAUUCGAGUUUUAAAUGGUAGUAUAGAUCUCUGGUGUUUGUUAAGCAUUUUGUAUUAUAAUAUAAAUUGGAUUUAACCACAAUAAAAAAAAAUGAAAAA